AUGUUCUCCCGCAACCGCUGCAAUGGACAGGAUGGCACAGGUGUUCCUCAGUAUCCCCGACCCAAGAAGAAGAGUGCAGUACCAAAAAAAAGGCAGCCUAAUCCCAAAGUUGCUCUGGUGUUGCGUGGGAAAAUUCAUCGUCUCUUGCAGGGAUCUGCCGAUCAUACAGUUCAGCCUCCUGGACUUUACUAUGCUGGAAUUGAAGAAGAAGAUGAAGAGGGGGAAGAGGAUGUUGAAAAGUUACAGAAUUGCAGGAGAGGAUUAGUUUCAGCAGAGGUCUGCUGUUCACCUCAGGUGCCAAAUGGCCAUGGUUUGGGAGCAGUAUCUGGGGCACCUUGCGUUGGGGAGGUGGAACUAAAUCGAGAAGGAGGCAUCAGGAUUCCUUGCACUUUGCAGCACAACAGUAAUUUAACAGAGGUUCAAAACCAAAUGACCCAAGAUCUAAAUGGGACAGACUUCUCGUCUGGAAGUGGACUUGAUGGUGAGCCGAAAAGACAGACAGACAGAGUUAAUGUGACGAUGCAGGAUGAGGUUGUGGAGGGGAAUAAUGAGGUCUAUCAAGAGGAAGAAUCAAGUGAUAUCGUUGAGCACAUACUGAAAGAAUUGCGAGGGAUCAACAAAAUUCAAGAGGAGAUUUCAGACUUGAGGGAGUACUUGUCAUCUGUUCGUGGUUCUGUUGAGGAGGUUUCAAGCUGUGUAGAUGCUGUUCUAAUGGAGAUUGAAUGCAUGCGGUCUGGAAACAAAUCUGGUGUGGAGACUUGGCCUGGAGCAAUGGGUGGCACUGAAGGACUCUCCCACACUCACAUAUCAAAAAACACUGUUAGCAUAAGCUGUUACAAGCCUUACACUGUUGAAUCCUCAAACAGCUGUGGUGAUAUACUCUCAGAUUUUGAAGUCCUUGAUAGGAAACCCAAAGAGGUGUCAAAGCAGUCCACAAGAAGGAAGGUCAGCUUUGGUUACCUUGAGCGUCAGGAUGGGCAGGAUUGUCCGAGCAACAGCUCUCUAUCUUCUGGUCAUAGUUCCAAGUCUGAGUCUGAUCCAGAAAAAAAUAAUUCUGGGCAGUGUAAAAUAGGGGGUGACAUUCGUCCUUGCGACCCAGUGGCUUUAAAAUGCAAUGGGAGUGGAGAGAUUGCAUGGAGCGAAGAUGAUUCUUGCUCCAGGCAAGGCAGUUUUGAAGAUGCAGGUGAAGACCCAUCAACAGUUGUAAAUGCUUGUUUAGUGGGUGCCUCAGAUAAAAUAUUACAAGUUUCUCGUAAACACUACAACUCUGAUGUGAGUAUAUGCAGUAUGCUAAAUUGGAAACAGUUUGGUGCAGAAGUAUUCCCUGAAGAACAUGGCCCAAGCUAUCAUAAUUGCGAAGGUGAAUGUCCUCAAAGUUCUCAGAAUGGCAUUUAUCAUGUGUCAUCUUAUGAAAAUGGCUUGCUAUUUAUCAGUGAGCCAUCCAAGAAUCAUUUAAAUGAAGGUACAUUCUGUAAUCAAAAUGUCCCUGAUUGGAAACCUGACUGUAAUGCUGAUGCUGAUGACUGUAAUGUUGCGCUCAAUGUAAAAAAGUUUGGCAGAGCAGUUCUUGACUUUAAAACCACUUUGCGUGGAGCUCUAAAGAAGAAGGAUGGAAGUUAUUCUACUUUGCCUUGUGAAAAGAUCGAAGUCCAUACAGCAGUCUCCCCAUGUGGGGAAGAACAAGGAAAUGUCAAUGUCUUAAAUACUAGUACACCAAAUUUAGUAACGCCUCAGAUUAGGAUGGAGACCCCACAAACUGAAACAACUAAUUCCACAUGGCCUCAAGGCCUCAGUGCCGAGAAGGACUUUGUAGAGAUUCUUCAAUGCAUUUCUACCAAAGCAAAACCUGAAUCACCUCCAUACCAGCAUAACAUUGAAGAUUCAGAACAUCCAAAAUCUCCAGGCUUUGACUCGUCCACUAGAACUAGCGGGUGA